GUCCAACAAAAACGAAUAUGGCAGUCAUUGUCUCGCGUUGAUAGACUAGGUCAGCGGUUACGUGAACAUCGUGUUAUAAAACGCAGGGUGUAUCGUGUCAAGAGGUCAAAUGCGCUCUGGCACAUUGACGGACACCACAAACUCAUCCGAUGGGGAUUUGUGGUCCAUGGAAUUAUUGAUGGU